AUGCUCUGCCGCACUGGAAUGUUGGGAAGGGUGAAACGCUUUCUGAGCUACGAUUUCCCCGUGAUGUCCGACUGUUCUGGCGCCGAGGGUGGAAUUCUGGCUUUGCAGGCGCUGGGCAUCAAGGUAGACCACAUCAGCAGUUCUGAGAUUAACUGCAUUGCUACGGACUUUAUCGCUCGGAAUUUCCAGCCCCGUCUGUUCUACCCUGAUGUUUGUGACCGGCAGCUACAUCGUCAAAACUAUCGAUGCGGUGCACUCAUCGCCGGCUUCCCUUGCCAGUUUUCUGUGCUACGGACGGAGAGUGAUCUUCUGGAUGAAGAGGCUGCAAGACCCUUCUUUGCCAUCGUGAAAACGAUUGGCGAGCUUCGGGUGCCCAUCUAUGUGCUCGAGAAUGUGCUGGGAAUCAAGAAGUGCCUUCCGGCAGUUCGUGCCCGCCUAGGAACCUUGAAAGAGUAUGUUCAUGGCAUGAUGGAGAUUGACAGCAAGGCGAUCGGGGAUGUUGUGAGCAGGCCUCGGCUGUACUUUAUCGGUGUCCUCAGGAAGGUCGCAGCCCCUGGGAUCUCUUCGAAUGCCAAGCUACAGAAAACCUUGGAUCAGAUCCUGUCAAAGGCCAAGCAGAACUGCACUCCGCCAACGCCCUGGUAUGACCUGCUGCUGGACGAUCCGGACCAGGAGAUGCCAAUCAAGAGACGCCGGCAGACGGCGCCAGCAUGUACUCCGGACGGCUUUAUGAUGCUGUGUUGUUCUCUUCUUCAGAGUGACUCAGAAAGUGCAAGCAACUACAUUGUGGCAGCUGAGGCGAUAGACAUUCUGACGACAUUGCAUGGGAAUGCCCGUGCAUGUGUCAAUGUUUCGCAGCAGCUGAACAGAAUGCAUCUGAUGCGGCGUGUGAUCCCGUGCCUGACACCGGGAAGCUGCCUGUACGUGAUGCACAAAGGUCGGUGUCUGUCAGGCCUCGAGAUGAUGCUCUUUCAGGGCUUCGACAUCAGCAAGCUCAACUUGUACGGCAUGGAUGACAAGGACCGGGGGUUUUCUUCACAAGCAGCCUCAUGCUUUCAUUCGGUGAGUUUAAACCAAUAG